CGUGUCGACAUGUUAAAUGAGAGACAUACACAGACACACACCCGGAAGGAAGUGAUGCAAUCGUCUUAAUUGCGAAUGCUUAUAUACCGAGGUUCUAGAGCAUAUCCACACAUUCAGCUUCAUCCACUCCUCACCACCGUUUGCUCGGAGCAGACACUGGCCUCACUGUUCAUCACUGAACACAGUGGACAACAAACUUUGGAAUUCAACAGAACAAAAAGCUCAAGUCCAGAACGAUGAAGGUGACCAUCAUAACGUUGUGUUUGAUUGGAGCAAUUGUUGCCAAUCCAAUUUCUUAUAAUUUCCUUUUGGAGUCAAGUGACCUUAACUCAAACUCGACUGAAAGUUUGUCUGUUUCAACAUCAUCUGAAAAUAACUCCACAGAGAGUCAGAGCUCACAGGACUCUUCUUCAAAUCAAAGUUCUGAGUCCGAAUCGUUAGAAUCAUCUGAGGACAAGACUUCUGAGGAGAGUGACAGUCAGUCAGAUGAGAGCGAUGGGAGUGACUCUGCAGAUGAAACCAAAGAUGACAGCAUGGGCAGUGAGGAGAACGUUCGAAAGCAGAGCUGGCUGCAUGCCUUUGUCAGUGUCACUGAUGACCUGAGUGCUGAGAACAGCAGCAGCACAGAGGUCACCGGUCAAACGGAACAACCCAACAACAAGCUGACUGAGGUGGAGCCCACCCGCACCUCCCCUAAAAUGGCUCUGAAACAGAGGAAGACCCUGCCACUGGUGGAGAAAUCCACCGACACCAGUGAUUCCACCAGCGAGAGCGCAGACACCAGUGAAGUGACCGCUGCUACCGCUGCCCCCGACGAAAGCAGCGAGAGCAACAGUAGUGAGAGUCACGAGAGCAGCGAGAGUGAGGACUCCAGCAAAAGUGAGGAGAACAGUAACGCCAGCGACAGCGGUGAAGUGCAGCAAAUGAAAACCAAUGGCUGUGUGAACGGGACCCAGAGCUGUGAGAGUGAAGAAUACUUCUUCCAGGACAUUGGGGAUGACGCCCAUCAUCCCUUAGACAACCUGUUGGUGCCAGAUGAUGAUGAGAGGGAGUUAAGUCUGAGGAGAUGAUUAUAUGCUCUUUAAUAAGAUUUACUUUUUUUCCACUAUGAACUAAAACAUCAUUUUUGACUGUCUGAAGACCUCAUAACAAAGGCACGUUUGCUCUUGUCUGACAGUUCUGGGCAAAAAUAUAGCGUUAUGAAUAUAGUGUGGUUGUCAUUGUGACAAUUAUGUAGUCUAGUAUUUACUUUGUUUUGACAACAAUAAAUGGGUAAUAUAAUAAGGAUAUGGGUUACUUGUAAUCAUUUAUUAGAACUAGAUGAUGGUGACUUACAGGGAGAGAGAAUAUAAACACUAGCCUACUUGUACUUUACUUGAAUUUCUUUUUCUUUUUAUGCAUCCAUGUACUUCGGCACAAGUACAUUCUGGACAGAGCCCUCUACCUUAACAUGUAAUCAAAACAUUGUUAAACUGUACGCUUCACUUUUUUUUUUUUUUUUUUUUUAAAGGUGAUUAGGUGUUUUAAAAAAUAUAUGAUGGAGACACGUGUCACAAAAUGUGUUCCGCGCCCCCCUCUGGUGGACGGUUAUAUAGCAACAACAAAAAACCUUUAGAUCGGCCAUCAAUUUGCCUUAUGUUUAUAAUUACAUCUCAAAAUUUGUUCUUAGGAGACAUUGUGGAAGUAUGCUUAAAAUUACAUCAUGUCGCACUGUUAUGAGUUUUUUAGUUAGAUCAAAUUUGUGUAAAUACAACACGGUUGUAUAUCUUUAUAGUGGCAAAUCAAUAAACUAUUUUUAUUUCAAUUAUUUCGUCCGCUUUACUGGUACAGUACUUUAUUCUAUUUGUUUGGUUUUCUUUUUAUUAUGGGCGUAUUGCUGUAUUUUAGUGUAGAUGAAUUAAAAGAUUGAUUCCAGUGCCACAAUUUUUAAUGAUUGUGUCGAU